UUUUUUGGGAAAAAUAAGAUUUUAUUCAUAACAAAAAAAAUUACAAUGCAAGAAGCUAAAUAAAAGAGUACAGAGCAGAAAAUAUAGAGUAACAAAAAACUAGACCCAAGGAAAAUCUCUGGACUGUGAUCUAGUCCUCAUGCUAUGUCGCCUUUUGUUUUGUUGAGAUUUCCUGUAAAGUUUGAGUUGUGUGUUGAGAUUCUCUGUUGGCAGACAAUUUUCUGGGGUGACGAACUUUGAUUUACGACAAAUCCUUCUGUUGAAUUUGGAUUUCCCAAUUUCUUCCUCUUUUGAUAUAGGUGGGCGCCGAUCGUUUUCGGAUGCAUGUCCUAGAAAAUCGUCUGAAAAGAAAGACUCAUCAGAAUGGUCAAAGCUGUCUGAGGCAUCAGAAUACGCCUGAAUAAGUGGAAUUUGUGGUUGUUGCUUCUCACACUAGGCUCUCUGAACUUCAAAGUUAAAUAUGAGUUUCGAAAUGGUGAUUUUCCCAGUGUCUGACGAGGUCUCAUUCUCCCAAUGCAUCGGUUCCUCCUGCUCUAAAUAAGAUAAUCCAACGAAAUUGGAAAAUAGUGUCAUAAAAUCAUUGAGGUUGGAAUUCUGUGGACUGUUGGGCACUAGAAUGUAACUACCCUUUUCCUUAGCAAUCUUCAGAUAACACCUCGAUUUGUUGAGCACUGAAGAGAUCGUGAUAGGACCGAAUUUUCUGCUUCGCCCGUGAUUAAAAUUUUUUGACCUUAUGAGAUUGUGGAUAAAACGGUAGAUCUGGGGUGCAAGCUCUGUUUUGAAAUUUAUCCUGUGUAAAUAGGAUUUUUUAAUUUCAAAGAUAACAAUUUCUUUGUUUCGGAUAGCAAAAUCAGAAGACCGCAGAUUCAAGUUUGAUAGAGUCAAAUCCCUGCUCUCCAAAGAAGUAAAAUUUUUCUGUGUCCUUUGCGUCUGGCAUUGCCUGGAUUAUUUCAGCCGAGUCCAUUUGCAUGUGGUAUGGGAUAAUUGAUUUUUCUUUUGAAAAAUGAGCUUGGGGUAAUAUUGAGACUGCCUUGCUGUGUUGUUUGUCCGUAUCGUUUCUAACAAUUUCAGCCCAUGUGAAUUGGGCGUUACCCGCUGAGUGUGUCUCGUCGACAUCCAGACAGUUGACGGAUGGAGCCAGCAGUGUGGCGAUGGCUUUGUCAGGCGAGGGACCCGGUGAUGAGAUGGUUGGAGCCACCGGCGUGGCGGUCGCCGGCCUGCGAUUGGGACCACAACAUUUUGAUGGUUUCCUUUGUCGGCGAUUUGGACCGUCUCGCCUGACUUUCCUCACAAUUCCUCUGUUGUUUUCUCUAGUUCUGUGAGUUUCAUUAACCGGGGGCGCUGUAUCUGAUUCAAAAUCGAAUUCGGUGGGAUGGGUAGGGAUUUCGUUUCCGAGUCUUAAUAGGUGGUAGCGAUUAUCCUUCUCCGCUGCCCAAUUGAUUUCCGAGUUGGUGUUUGGGAGCGACGGGAAUCGGCGUUUGGGGUGGAAGUGAUGGCGGCGUCCCCUGUAGGAGACGGUGCGCCAGCCAUCGUCUGAUUCCCCCGUUUGGGGUUGAUGGUGUUGACGACGCUGAACAUUGCAUCUUCGUCCAAGUAAGUGUGGCCCUGUAAUUUGAGCGUGUCUUGACUUCCCGUCAAUCAGGUGUAGGGCUGAGGGACUGAAAAGGUUUUGUGCGUAAUACCUCAUGUGAUGAGCAGGAUGUCCGUUCCUGCUAUGAACUCCUAUACCUGCUCUCUGUCCCUGUCUGGAAGAAGGUUUCCUCGUGAAGUGGCUAGUAGAGGAUCUAGCUUGAGAAUGCCUAUUCCACUGUCGUUGGUAUCUCCGAUUCCUGUGCCCUUCGUUGUGGUGAGGGGAGUUCCCAUGGGCGUCGUGGCGCUUGAAAUAGAGAAGGUGGUGGUGAUUCCGGCGGUGAGGUGGUUGCCGGAAUUCCAUAUCGGAUUCAAGUUGCCGUUGGAUACCUAGAGAGAUGGAAGGUGGUAGAUAUUCGGUUGAUUUGGGUAACCUCCAACGCAAUCGAAGGAACGAGAUUGGGAGGAAGAAAUCCCGCAAAGGUAAAGAACUUGCUGGCUCUUCAUCUCAAAGACGAGAUGAUUUUGAAACGGGUUACCAAAGGCGAGAUGGAGAUGCGAUGUCCGAAGAACAACUACAACAAGAAUUGGCCCGACAUAAUAACCGCUUUCUACAACAACAACAAAUCCCGACGACCAUUGACAAAGAGGAGCUUGAGGAUGAAGAUGCGGAGGAAAUGGAACCGGAGAUGGCCGAGGAGGAGGGUGCCGGCAGCCACGACACCGACCAACCUGCCUCAUCCCAAACCGCCACCGGUAAUAAAAAAAGUAAAUCUGAACUAAUGCAAAAUAAUUUUGAUAAAUGGAAGGACCCACAAACCGGCUAUUGGCAUGCAACUUGCAAGUGGUGCAACAACAAUUAUAGUUUGGGGACCUCCGGCGGAUACGGAUCCGCCGCAAGGCAUCUUAAGGCAAAGCACCCCGUGGAGUAUGCAAAAUUAGGCGGCGGAACAGGGAAGCAAACUCAAAUAUCGAGGUUUGCGAAUUCUCAACCUUUUGGCAAUUUCUCCUACAAUGAUGCACAAAAUUUGACUGGUAUGGCUAACUUAAUUUGUGAAGAAAAUUUGCCUUAUUUGUUUUCUGAAAGCCUUGCUUUAAGAGAUUAUGCAUAAGGUAGUUUAAAUCCUCAAUUUAGAAAUUAUAGUCGCAAAACUGUUAAGAAAGAAAUUAUAAGGCUUUAUAAUGCGGAAAAGGCAAGGUUACAAAUUUUUUUUGCAAACUUUGAUGGGCGUGUUACUAUUUGUUCUGACAUAUGGGAGGAUGAUUUUCAUCAUUUAUAUUAUUUGGCUCUGACUGCACAUUA